AUGGCGACGGAUACAGAAAGCAUGCGUGAAAGUGUGACAAGACUGCACAUGCGGGUGGUACAACAAAAACUCGCCAACGAAAGAGACAAGUUACAGGGACCGGAGAGUGAAGCCUCGGACAAUGGCCACGACGACGAAGAAAUUAAAAUUCGGAGAGCUGUGUUAAAGAGACAGGAGCUGCUUGAUCAAAUUCAGAGGGCACAGCUCGCAGAGGAAAGUCCUCGAACCCGCACUCCCAGGAAGCGAUUCUCAAUCUCAUCAUUGUCCAGGCGCUCACUCCCUAACUUUGGCAGCAACAACCACUACCAUUUUGGUUACUACGGCAACAACCGAGGCAUGGCCCAGGUGAAACAUGUGAUAGAGCAUCAGUUUCGACCAGCACAACCGGCCGCUCUCCCAGGGCUCACUCACCUGCCGGCCAUACAGCCCUUCCCUUCAGUCGUCUCUCCUGUUGCAACUGUACAGCCUUUUGCUAUACUGCCACACCCCGUGACCCCAGAGGUCAUGCCUCUACAGACCCUACAGCCGGCUUACACCUGGCCAGCACUGGCCAUUAGGGACAGCAAGUCCAAGAAGGAUACCAUGUUCAACAAAGGAGAUUUUAUGGACAUGAUGAUGCUGCAGAACGCCCAGAUGCACCACAUGGUCAUGCAACAGAUGAUGCUCCACCAGUUGCCUGGAGGAUCCCGUCCUUGGACUAUCCCCAUUGCAGAACCAGCAGCUCCUGUUGCCCUGAUGAGGCCAGCCCCGUCCAUCUACCACCACCACAUUGGUCAGCCCAACUACUCAAUGCCUCCCAUGGACUAUCGGGGUGGUGGUGGUAACGGUCAGAUGUACGGUCGCAACUACAAUAGCACAAUUUAUGAUGAUGGCUCCAAUUAUUACCACUACCACUAG